AUGGGAAACUGCUUGCCGUCAUUGUUCGGUUUCUCGCGACAACACGAUGAGACACCGAUGAGGAGAAGCCGAUCGUCAGAAAACGCGAUGAGCUUCACCAACCCGGCUAUGAUGCAGACAAGUAGUUCGUACGUGAAUCAACUCUAUCAACACAAUGUAAUUAGACAGCGGCAAGCCGAGGAGCGAGGAAAGGAAAUUGACGAGGCGAAGAAAAAUCGAAUCCGCGGACUGUUGGAUCAGAUUCCGGCUGAUGUGUUUAGAGGGGACAUGGCAAGUACUGAAUGCGCAAUCUGCAUGAUUGACUUCGAGCCCGGCGAGCGUAUUCGUUUCCUUCCAUGUAUGCACUCAUUUCAUCAAGAAUGCGUCGACGAGUGGCUUCUGAAGUCGUUCACGUGUCCGUCGUGUCUGGAGCCCGUCGAUUCGACGAUCCUCUCGUCACUGACCGCCCAUAAUAUGCAAUCACUUCAUCAAAUCACUUCCUCCUCACCAUCUACAUCCUCUGGCGCCAAGCAUUAA